CAACUCCCUGCCAUCGCAGACCCCCAGAUCGCCAUGAGGGUGUGGAUACCAUCGAGGUCUCUUGGCCAGGCGAAUAUCGCCGCCCUGUCAAGAUCCUCAGCACCCCUCAUAUCCUCGCGAUGCUUCCAGUCCACACCCCGCGCGCCAGUCCCACCGUAUCUCCAGAAAGCCUAUCCCAAUGCCUAUCCCAAAGGAAAUGGUAAACUGUAUAUCAAUGGCAACCGCAAAGUCUAUUUCAAGAGAAACCGCAAAGCCAGUCCCAAAGGGAUCCCCACACACGCUUCCAAAGCCAACCCCAAAGACUCCUCCGAAGACACCCCCGCCAACCUCACCAUCGCCGACGACCUCCCGUACGCCGCCCUGGAAAAGCGCAAUGCCUCCAAAGAUCACCUCCAACGCCCCGAACUCCCCAAAGUCACCCUGCCCAAAAAUAGUAUUUUUGCCGACAUCUCCCGCGAACUGACGCCAGAAGAACUCGAAGCCCAAGCGGAAGCUGCACGGGCCUGGGAACUCUCGCAGGCAAAACUGGACCCCGCACCGCGCUCUCGACGGCGCUGGGAACGCAAGAUCGUGAUUCGGUCUUUACGGCGGAGGGGCAGGAUAACAGAUGAGAUUAAGAAGUUACGGACGGAGAGGCAGUUGUUGUAUAAGAGCCCGUUUUUGCCGACGAGUGUGAAGAAAUUGACGAAACUCAUGCGGCAGAUUCAAGGAAUGACGGUUGAAGAGGCGUUGGUGCAGUUGCGGUUUUCGAAGAAAAAAGUCGCGGUGGAUGUGACGAAGGGGCUGCAGAGUGCAAGGAAUGAGGCGGUUGUGGCGAGGGGAAUGGGGCUUUUGGAGCAGCCGGACCAGGCUGAGAAGGGGGCGGGGAAAGCAAAAGGAUUGAAGGGGGAUUUUACGUGGGAUGAUAUUGCUACUGAAGCCCGUAAGAAGAGAGAAGGCACAACCAUCGAGCUGAAAGGCGGGAAAACGAAAGUCGUCAAGAAUCCCACGGAUAUUUACAUUGAUCAAGCGUGGGUUGGCAAGGGGGAAGAGCAGAAGAGUCCAGAGUAUAGGGCUAGAGGGAGGGUGAACCUCCUUACUCAUCGUUCGACAAGUUUCUCCGUCCUCCUAAAAGAAGAAAAGACCCGAAUGCGCAUCUCCGAUGAAAUCAAGAAGAAGCGUGAUAAUCGCAAACUCUGGGUCCCGCUACCCGACCGAGCUGUUACCUCGCAACGGCAAUAUUGUCUCUGGUAAUACAUCUGUACUUUACCUUCUGUACAGACGAGGUGGGAGUGUGAAUGUAAAGUUUGUAGAAUACGGCAGGAGAAAGCCUCGUACGGGCUUGUACAAUAUCAUAUCAUGCGAAUUGAAA